AUGGUGCUCCUGCAUACGGCCGAUGUACCUGAGCAAUUCCUCGAUACCUUGCGAAGUGUAUGGGACUGCAGGGAAGUGGAAUACAUCAGAAACGUCUCCACUAGACUGUUCCUUAACUUCAAGGGGAGUCGGUUCCAGGAUGUAUUUACGAAGCUUCGAGUGUUGGAACUCACUGAGUACUCGAAGGUUUGCUUGCUCGACAGCGAUAUGCUGGUCCGAGACAACAUCGAUGAAAUUUUCGACCUCCAGCCACCAGCGGCACUCGUGCGAGGAACCUUUCCCCCGCGCCAUGGUGCGAAGGUACCGGUGACGACAUUCUGGAACGGCCAUAGGCAGAUCACGGGGAUCAACGGUGGCUGCAUGCUUUUGGAACCAUCGCAAGAGGUCUUCAACUGUAUGAUGGACGAAGUCUCCUAUUACAACAACCCGGCACACUGGCCUACGUGUGGCGCUGAGCAGGAGUAUCUCACGAGAUGGUAUGCUAGUCGUCGUAAUCAACAAUGGAGUCACAUCAGUUGCCGGUACAACUACCAGAUUCAUCUCAACCAAUACGGCUCGGCCGAGUGGCAUCACUACAACUGUCGGACUUUCCCAGGAGUAAAGAUCUUUCAUUAUUCUGGAAAUCUCUGCAGCCCGUUCGAGUUUGUGACCGACGUGAUGCUCGAACACGGCUUCACAGUGGACGACACAAUAGCAUACAUUGCAGAGAUCCCAUUGAUAGCUCAUAGGGAGCAGGCUAGGCAGGUUCAACUCCAGCGAGACCAGUUGGAGGAAUCGGAGUCUACUAGAGCGAGGGAUCCUGGUAACUGUUUGGAGGGUACGAAGAGGAAUGGAGGUGGGAUCGGUACUCUCCUAUACGAAGCGAAAGUGCCCGAUAUUGGCUUGCGCAAAGCAGAGGCGUUAGACGACAGCGAGACGGAGACCAUCGAGGAGACCUCCGAGUUGGACUUCGGAAAGUGUCUGAGCUACCCGUCGAAGGACUUUCCGUGCACCAAUCCGGUCAGGUAUCAUUAUUACGGUACUCAGUACAGUCGUUGUUGCAAGCUCGAUCGAUACAUUCAUCCCUCCUGGGGACCUAGGGAUGCGGAGGCCAUAAUUGAGUGGAUGCUGGCCUUCAAAAACUUGGUGUCGGAGCUCCCCCAGGUUAUGGAUAUUCUGCAUGCCUUGAAGCAGGAAAAGCAGCGAGUAUUCGAAGCCGCCCAAUUGAAAAAUAUGGACAAGGAGACUGCUCAAGGGCAGUAG